AUUCCAGCGCCGACCGUGAUUCCAAACGAAUCUCUCAAAUAAAAAAUUACCUCCAGUCAUUUCCAGCAUAAUAUUAUCCAGAUAAAUAUCAACUCAUCAUUAAGUUAUACUCGAAAAAUAAUUUAAAUGACAAGCUAACUUAUGAAAAACAAGGGAAGCAAAAAGGAAAAACAUUUUUAAAUAUAUUUGAACAAUUUAAGUGAAGCAGUGUAUUUGAAAAUUUUUGUAAUUUAAAUUUAUAAUUGUGAAGUGUAAAAUAAUCGCUAAUUGUGGUCAAUAUUACUGACUGUUGCAUUAAUUUUUUUUUUCAAGAAAUAAACGCAGGAGAUAAGACAACAGCCCAAGUAACUCAACAACUCUUGAUAGCACAAAUAAUAUUGCGAUCAAAUAUUAAUUUUAAAAAAAAAUUGUGUAUAUACUUUUAAUAAAUACAUUGUGAUAAUAAAAUGUUAAAAAUUAUAUUAACAAAUUAAACAACAAAAUAAAAAAAGACAAUUUAUAAAUCAUCAAAAUGGGUGAUAUCAUUGAAGAAUCCGCGGGAAUAAUAACUUCAAGUGUAAUAGAUAAUAAUUCAAUUAAAAAUUUAAAUAAUAAUGAUAUUAAUGGUAAUAAUAAUAUUGAUGAUAAUAAUGAUGAUUUGGAUAAAAAAAAUAAAUGUUUUAAUGUUGGUGUUGAUGGUGGUGAAGGAAUAAGUGCAGCCGUCGCGAAAGUUUUACAGGGGUAUGAUUGGACACUGGUACCUGUUGCCACAAAGGGCAAUAGUGAUAAAAGGACAGCCCAUGUCAAGAGGCCAAUGAACGCAUUUAUGGUAUGGGCACAAGCAGCAAGACGACGUUUGGCUGAUCAAUAUCCUCAACUUCACAACGCUGAAUUAUCAAAAACACUUGGUAAAUUAUGGAGAUUAUUAUCGGAUAAUGAAAAGAAGCCAUUUGUCGAAGAGGCUGAUAGACUUCGUUUAAUUCACAAACGUGAUUAUCCUGAUUAUAAAUAUCAACCAAGACGUAGAAAAACAAAUGGUGGUACAUCAACUGGUCGUGAUUGUUCACCAUCACAUAAUCAAACAAAUGUAACAUUUAGUGUUACAAAUACAUCAUUAAAACAAGAAAAUACAAAUCAAAAUAUAAAUUCACCACAAAGUAUUGGUGGUGGUUCAUCAUCACCACCGACAACGCCUCAUCAAGGUUUAUCACCACCUACACCACCAACAACACCACGUGAACAACACUAUGUUAAUCAGAUCAAUCAACAUCAACAACACCAACAACAACAACAACAACAACUACAGCACAAUAUGAUUUAUCAUCAAGAUUUAUCUGUUUCAUCAGUAUCAGAUUCAUCACAAAAUUACAAUACAAAUACAGCAGAUAUUGGUAAUUACAUUGAUACAACAAAUGAAACAACAACAACAUCAUCAUCAUCACUUGAUAAUGGACAACUUAAUAAUGUUGGUGCAUUUAGUGGUGUUAAUUUAAACAUUCCAUUAAAUGUACAAGAUUGUGAAGUUGAAAGUAGUGAACUUGAUCAGUAUCUACCAUCUCAUUCAUCAUUUUAUCAUCAGUAUCAAUCGUCAUCAGUGAUUAAUAAUAAUUUACCAUGGACAAUAAACAGAUAUGAAGAAAAUCGUGAUAGAUUGACAAAAAGAAGCUGUAAUGAAUCUUCAAUAAAUGAUAUUUCUUGGGAUGAUAAAUCACAUCAAGAUAUUGUACGUUAUCAUGAACUUCAACCAGCAUUACCACCAGUUCAAUAUAUUACUACUUCUCAUUCUCAUCACCUUCAUCAUCAGCAAGAACAACAACAGCAACAUCAUCAUCAACAACAACCACAACAACAACAUUCAAACAGCUGCAGUUUGGUGGGUAAUCAUGGACAUCCAAAUGCUUCUUAUGUUCAAUAUCCAACUCAUCGUUAUAUACCAGGAAUGGAAAGCUGGACAACUUACCAAUGACAAUAUUUUAUUUAAAUAAUAAAUUAGCAUAAUAAAUAUUAACACAAUGAUGAUUAAAAAAAUUUUUUUGUCAUCAUUACAGAGAAUUUUUUUAUCUAUCAUUUAAUUAAAAAAAUAUAUUAAUUAAACAACUGGUCACUUUUUAAUUAUUAUUUAAAAAAAGAAAAAUUAAUAACAAUUUUUUAUAAGUAAUAGUUAAUAACAAAUAGAUAAAUAUUUUUAAAAUGUAUAUUUUAUUUUUUUUUUAUUAUUUCUUUCACGUGCCUUUGUGCGAUAUAUUCAAUUUUAUUUUUUAUUUUUAUCUUAAAAUAUAUAUAAAAGUGUAAAACACACGAGACUCCAUGACAUAUCAUUCCAUGACAUAUCACCAUAUCUAUUUUUAUAUCAAUAUUUUUUUUUUAUAUAUAAAAAAAUAUAUAAUAAAAAUCAAAUAAUAGAUUACAUGAAGAUGAAGAUAAAAUCAUAGCAAAUAUGAUGAUGAAAUAUUUAAAUAUAAAUUUAAUCAUUAUAAUAAAAAUUAUUUGCAUCAAUAUUAUCAAUCAGCUAAAAUAAUAAUUAAUUUUUUUUCUUAAGUUUUUACACUAAUCUUUAUGAUGUAAAAAAUAUAUAUGUGUAUAGCUUCCAUUAAUAAUUAUCAAAUAAAAUUUUUUAUAAUCAUUAAAA